AUGGUGAACUUUUGGUUCGUCAGCCUGUCGUCCGGGCCCGAUGACGAGGACAAGAACCGCACCUGGGACCUGCUGGAGCAGAAGACCACCUCCGAGAACAAGUACAGCAUCAAUGAGCGGCUGCAGCUGCCCAACCUGCGGGUGGGCACCCUGGACACGCUGAUGGCGCUGAGCGACGAUCUGGGCAAGACCGCGGGGCAGAUGGAGGCGAUCGUGGCGAAGCUGAAGCGGCAGGUGACGGACAUGGCGCAGGCGGACGGGGAGAAGGUGAACCUGACGGUGGAGGGCAGCAGCCUGGAGGGGUACUUGUUCAGCUUCGCGUGGGACGAGGCGAAGUACCCGUCCAACAGGCCGCUGAAGGACACGGUCGAAAAGAUCCAAGACACGGUCGGAAAGCUUGAGGAUGACAUGAAGGUCAAACUUGGCGAAUACAAUCAACUGAAGGUCUUGCUGAGUGCGGCAGCAAGGAAGGCGACAGGGAGCUUGGCAGUGCGAGAUCUUUCGUCCGUUGUGAAGAAAGAGCACAUUUUCACCUCGGACUUCAUGAUGACCACAUUCGUGGUAGUCCCAAUAUUUCGUCUCAAGGAAUGGGAAACUUCAUAUGAGAGGCUUAAUGACUUUGUGCUUCCUCGUUCCUCCAGGGUGAUCCAGCAGGACAAUGAAUAUGCGCUGGCGAGCGUCAUUGUGUUUGCCAAGGAGUUGGACAACUUCAAGGCUGAGGCGCGGACUAAGGGCUUUCAGGUACGGGAUUUCCAAUUGGAUGAGGAAGAGCAGGCACGCUCAAGCGAAGAGCUGGAGAAGAGCAAAGCAGAGGCAGGCACCAAAAGAAUCCACCUGAUGGAGUGGUGUCAAACGGCAUACGGAGAGGCUGUCAGUGCAUGGAUCCACAUAUGUGUCAUUCGGCUAUUUGUGGAGAGCAUUCUGCGAUAUGGGCUCCCUCCAAGCUUUGUGGCGGGCAUCGUGCAGCCAGAGGAGAAGAAGAUAAAGAAACUGCAGCAGCUCCUGGAAGCCACUUUUGGCGAUGCAAGUGAGCUUGUGCUGAGGUUGCUGCAAAUGAUAGCCGUAGCUUUCCCACUGGAUGUAGGCCGCAUGAAGUGGAGGCCAUGGGCCUCGCUGUGGUCAGCCUCUGCAGAUGUCUUCCUGCUCCUGUUGAUGCUGUGCCGGUUGCAGAUGCCAGGCAAUCAAGGUUCCAUCAUGAUGCUGAAGCACAAGGUAUUGGGAGUUGUGUGGUGCAGAACUCUCAAGACCUUGUGCCUACGCACCAUACAAAAUCAGUGCCAAACGACUCAGCAGGCGUCAUGUGCAGCUUGA